AUGCCUCCGUGGGCUUUGGAUGCCAAAAUCGAGCUCACGGGCAGUCAGCUGCUCCAGCUCGACCAAACCGACCAAGUCUACGAAAAAUGGGAAGGACUCAGCGACUCCGCCGAUGACUCUGACGGCGGUCCUGAUUCCCACCCGAGUCACGACCCUUCACCCCAGCCCGUGACCAACUCUGCGCAUGAUGAUGCCUCUGAUCCUGGAGAUGAGAUUUCCAACUCACCCUCUGGCGCCAUACCCCCCUCCACAACAAUCGAAGGCCUUCAAGAAGCAAUCAACACAUGGGCGGUCGAUCAUGGAUUCGCCGUGAUCCGUGGGCAAGGCCGUUGCUCCAGGACUAAAGCGCCAGCCAAAGAUUACAUUAGCUACCAUCUCUUUUGCCAUCGAUUUGGCCAACCGCAAGAAUCCACUGCAACCAUGGUCAGGUCUUGCAAGACACCUUCGCGCAAGUGUGGUUGCAAGUGGAUGGCAGUCGCCAGGAAACACAAGACGGGCGGUCUUUGGCACUUCUUUUUGCACGACAAAGCGGUACACCGAGAGCAUAACCAUGGCCAGGCUCAACACCCUGCUGCACCCACUCCACACCGCAGGCUGAAACCAGAAGUUAUUGAAGCGAUUAAAGAGGCUGCCGAGCUGAACGGUAUGACUCCCCGCGCGAUUAACGACAUCAUACGGAGGAAGUUUCCAGGCUCGGCACACACGAUGAAGCACAUCUACAACGCGCGCGAACGUAUCCGCCGUCGCAAUCUCAAUGGUUCGAUCGCGACUGACGCAGGCAGUGACUCUAUAUAG